AUGGGGAAAUUUGAAGAAGAAGAACUGCCACAGCAAGUGGCAGAAGGUGGGGGUGGUGGUUUUGGUGAAGGACUUGGAGGAGAAGGAAGCUCUAUGCCUACACCAAUCACCCUAGAAAGUGCGGGGACCAAUCAAAAAAAGCGAACAAGAAAAGUAUUGAAUGAGAGGUCUGAUGUGUGGACUGAUUUUACUAAGUCCCCAAAUCGAGAGACAUGUUCUUGCAAUCAUUGUGGGAUUAUGUACAAGUGCCACUCAUCGAGGAAUGGAACAUCCACACUUAAGCAACACUUGAUGCGAUGCAAACGCAAGCCUAGGGCAAGUGGUCAACAAACGGAGUUGGCAUUCAAUCAAACAGGGAAAGGGGAUGUUUCCACAUGGAAGUAUGAUUCGAAGGUCAUUAAUGAUGAAUUAACUUGUAUGAUAGUUGAAUGCGAGUUGCCAUUCAAGUUCGUUGAGCAUCCACGGUUUAAGAGUUUUUGGGCGGCAUUGUGUCCAAGGUACAAUCCUCCUACAAGGCCUACUGUUAGGAAGAAGACACGUGGACAUCACAGCAAAGGCAGAGUUAUAUGGUCAUCACUGCUCACUUCAUUGAUAGUGACUGGAAUUUGCAAAAAAAGAUUAUCAACUUUAGGUCAAUUACUAGACACAGGUGAGGCUAUGGGUAGAGUAAUCAAAAACUGCUUAAAAGAUUGGGAGAUCAAGAAGCUUUUCACUAUAACAGUCGAUAAUGCCAGUUCCAAUGAUCAUUUUGUCAACUACUUGAAGAGGAGAUUUGCUAGUAUCGCACUAGGUGAUUAUGUGCAUAUGAGAUGUGUUGCACACAUAAUCAACCUAGUCGUUUCAGAAGGCAUGAAAGAAACAAUUGAUUCUAUUAAUCGAGUUCGUGCUGCAGUUCAAUUUAUUCGAGCUUCAUCUGUAAGAAUUCACAAGUUCAAAGAAUGUGUAGAGAUGGAAAGAAUUAAAAGCAAGAGCUUGUUGUGCUUAGAUGUGUGCACUAGAUGGAACUCGACUUUCUUGAUGUUAGAAGCUGCUCAGAAGUUUGAAUCUGCAUUUGAAAGAUUUGAGGAGUUGAGCCACAUAUUACGAGUGAGCUAUCACUAG